AUGUCGUCUCGAAUAAGUUCUGUUAGAGAUGCAAUUGAAAAAUCAUUAUACGAUGAAAAACAUCCGUGGACAAAAUAUUUUCAAAUGGUUGAAGAAAAAACGAACAUGAAAAGAUUUAAUAUAUUUGUUGGUUUGGUCGCAUUUAUUGCGUUUUAUUUAGUUUUCGGUUAUGGACCACAGCUGUUAUGCAACUUGAUAGGAUUUGGUUACCCAGCAUAUUGUUCAAUGAAAGCUGUUGAAUCGCCUCAAAAAGAUGAUGAUACUAAAUGGUUAACUUAUUGGGUCGUUUUUUCAACUUUUUCAAUUGCAGAAUAUUUUUCCAAUGUUAUUUGUAACUGGAUACCUGUUUAUUGGCUUUUAAAGUGCUUUUUCUUGUUGUGGUGCUUUUUACCACUUCCACUCAAUGGUUCAAUUUUCUUAUAUAAUAACUAUAUUCGUCCAUAUUUUUUAAAGCAUCAGUCAUCAGUUGAUAGUGUGUUGGGUGACCUUGCUAACAAAGGAAUAUCUAAAGCGACUAAAAUUGCCGCAUCUGUUAAAGGGGAUUAA